AUGGCGCAAAGGGUAGGUUUUGAAUCUUCAACACUUACCUAUACAAAUCCACUAUAGGAGGGCCUCCAUAUCGCUAUCCACUUGUCAGUGGCGGCUUAUUUAUAAAGUGUUCAUAUCUAAGCCGUUUUAUUUGACAUUUUUGCAGUAGGCUACCUUUACUCUUCAAGCGGAGUGAAAGCCUCUGCUUAACCGACGGUCUCCGCGGCAUUCGUGGAGCAGUUUUUAAAGGGACUCCUAAGUAAUUCGGUGUUUUGCCAAAGUAACCCACCUUCGGAGAUUCAGAACUUAAAAAUGUUUUUGGUAAUUACAAAUACAAACCUUAUCAAUGUAUUAACUUGGUAGUUUAGCCAUGGCGAUUGCCUUUUCUGCCAAAGCAACAGGAAUGGCACAAGGAUUAGCCUACUUUUUUCAAAUGCUGGUGUAGUAGCCUAGUUUCACUAUAUCGCUUUGACUAUAGCCUACUAUGACUUCAAUAACAUGUUACCUUAUAACUAGCCUAUACGUACAUUUUGGCCACGUUACGCGUGAGUUUCUAUCCUCUGACUUUGUUGUUGUUUUAUUCCAGUACGAUGAGCUGGCCCAUUAUGGUGGGAUGGACGGAGUCGGGGUCCCGGCGUCUAUGUACGGAGACCCGCAUGCUCCACGGCCGCUACCCCAAGUCCAUCACUUGAACCAUGGACCACCGCUCCAUGGCCAGCACUACGGUGCUCAUGCACCCCAUCCCAGCGUUAUGCCCAACAGCAUGGGCUCCGCUGUCAACGAUGUUUUAAAGAGGGAUAAAGAUCAAAUCUAUGGGUAGGUGGACUAUAAUUACAUACCUUAUUAUUAAUCUAUUUUACGCUUUCAGUGUGUUUUGACAUAUGAACGUUUUACUUGUUGCAAAAGUUAACCCAGCAAGGCCUAAAUGCAUUAGCAAGUUUACAAGAAGUGUAGUUUAGCUCAAGUAUUAUUUUAUGAUUUUGGAAAAAGUAUUGUCAAAACCUAGAUAGAGGUUUAUGUUUAUCAGUCAUCUGAUAUUAUCACAACUUACAUUUAAAAAAUAAUAUGGAUAACCAUUAUAGUAUACAAUUAAAACUAAACAGAUAGAAGGAUGCAUCUUAUUGGCCCAUUGUAACAAGGGCAUAAACACAGACUGCAACGUAUGGUUAUGGCUACUUCUAAACAAGUUGAUAGGUCCGAGUUUAUAUUUGGUAUAAUCCCCAAAACAUUAUAAUAGUCAGCACUAAUGCGUUAGUGUCCGUGCGUAAAAUGCAUUGGAAAAAUUUAGGACAAAUAGUGUAAUUUGUAAACAAUGCAUUUUGCCAUUAAUGUGCACAUAGCUUAUUCAUAAAAUGUUUACAAAGUAGGCUAAUGCCAUGGAUGAAUUUGAAGAGACAUUUAAAAUGUUAUCUCAGUCAAAACCUUGGAAAGUAUAGUAGUUGAAAUUAUUCCUGACAAAUUCUUCACUAUUUACACUCAUUGGCAUCCUUAGUUUUACUUAAAACUUUAACUUGCUAUGUCGCGGUGUGAUUAGCUUGUAUUAAGCCUGUGUGGAGGAGCUGGCUGCCGGUUUGUGCUCAGGCUCUGUUUCCCCUCUUGCAGUCACCCAUUAUUCCCACUGCUCGCGUUGGUUUUUGAGAAGUGCGAGCUGGCGACGUGCACUCCGAGGGAGCCUGGGGUAGCAGGCGGCGAUGUCUGCUCCUCCGACUCCUUCAACGAGGACAUCGCAGUCUUUGCCAAACAGGUCACUUUUUAUAUUUUUUCUAAAAACCUAAUAGGAUUUUCCAAGUGCUCAUGGCACACGUAUCUUCUUGUUAACUUUUUACACAUUUCACUUUUGGGAUUUUUUAAAGUUAUAGUUGAACAUUUUAAAAUAAAAAUUGUGUUUGUUAGGUUAUAUAAUGUCGAAGUUAAAAAGCAAAUUCACUGGUGAUAUUGACUCAUUAAUGUCUACACAACAUGAAAUACAAACAUAAUAUAACUUUGAACUGUGUUUUAUUUAUUAUACAACAUUAUUGCAUUAUUGCAAGUCAAAUAUAUAUUUUUUGGAAUGGUUUCAUGACUAAAUGCACUCAACGCCUGUAAGAAGUAGUCGAAUUAACCCUCCAUCUUUGGUGUUAUUCUAGGUCCGAGCAGAAAAACCUUUAUUUUCAUCAAAUCCAGAGUUGGACAAUUUGGUAAGCACUAUGCACGACCAUUUGCCUUUCAAUUCCCUUGUUGGUGUAACUGUUACUCCUACUUAGCUUGUUUUUUUUACUUAAACCAUGCUCUUGUGUUCUCAGCAUCGCAAAGUAAAUAUGUAAGGAUUUGAUGCAAAAGCACAACACAGAUGUUAGAUAGGUUUCUUUGAAGUGAACAAGGGGAAGCUCUGAGGGGUCUCGAGUGGCACAGCAUUACGCUGCCUACAGGAGGCCGAGAGGGAAGCCUCUGAUUAGGCUAAAAAGCGCUGGGACUCUCACUGGGCGAAUCCUGCGCCAUGGUCACUCAUUGGGAGCAAUGGGGCUUCAUUUGCCGCUUAAAUCGCUGCCUAUGUAGCCCACAUCAAUUGGCUCGGUUGACCAAAUGUGUCUUGCCUAAUUCAGUUGUUAGAUAAUCUUAACAUUUUUAUUUUCCAAAUGUUAAAUGAAUAGCGAAUACAGUAUUACACACCACGAUAAGUGUGGGAAGCAUAACUUUGCUCGAUAACCCCAUAGCCUAAACUUCAGGAAAAUGCAAGAGUGUGUUUUUGUUAUAUGAAGUGAAAAUAACAAUGUGUAGCCUUAUGCUUACCAUUCCAUUAUACUUUCAUAAUUUAAAGACACCAAAAAUGUUGAUUUUUAUUGUUGUUUAUUCCUGUUUUCAGAUGAUACAAGCCAUACAAGUAUUACGAUUUCACCUUUUGGAAUUAGAAAAGGUAUUUUUUUUUUUUUUUUUUUUACAAUUCAUAUUUUUAUUGUGUGAUUAUAGUGUUUGAGACGUGAUCAGCUUUAGAUUCAGCAUGUGGCCCUGUAUUGACAUAACUCGUAUGGUAAGUAGCCUAGUUUGUUACACAAAUGUGAAAGUUAGACAGUAUUUUGCAGAAAAUUAGUUGAUAUUGCGUGUGAUGUAAUACAUUAUUCAGAGAAAAAUAUUAAUAUUCAACUAUUAAAAUACUAUAAUGUUUAAUUGUGAUAAAGAGACUCAUAAAAUAAUUCAGAGUGAUUGGAUUGAAUUCACACUCUUGGGCCUUUACAAUACACUGACCAUAUUGAUAAUGCUUUGACAUUAUUUGUAUGCUAAUAUCACAGAUUUGAAAUCUGGAGAUUUGGCACCAACUGGUUAUUAUAUGUCGAGCUUACCCAUGGUGUUUAUUUUUUUCCGUUCGACUUGUUGCUCUGGUCUCAAGAGAAUAAUAAGCGCUGCAACAAUUUCACUAUUGUUUCCUUGCGCCGAUAAUGCCCCUAAAUUGUAGGCUAGUUAUUCUUGGACUGUCUGCACCGUUUCCCCAUCUUUAUAUUUUUUUUUUCUCCUUGUUCUAGGUGCACGAGCUCUGCGACAAUUUUUGCCACCGGUACAUCAGUUGUUUGAAAGGAAAAAUGCCAAUAGAUCUAGUUAUUGACGAGCGGGAUGGAAGCUCGAAGUCAGACCACGAAGAGCUCUCAGGAUCUUCGACCAACCUAGCCGAUCACGUAAGUAAUACGCUUUUCUAUCGUUAUAAUAGUUUUAUCAGAAAGUUAUAGAGGCCUGUUACGGCGUCGUUGUUGUGAGUGCGUGUUGUUUGUUGUUGGUAAUAUUGAAGUAGACGUUUUCUAAUGGUCAUUUGUGACAUUUUAUUGUUGUUAGAAUUGUUUCAAAUGUGUUUUACUAACGGUGUAAUUUGUUGACUAUUUUACAUGGUGUGAACUGUCAUUAUAGCCACCGUUUAGCCUGUGUUGUGCUAUAUGUCCUCAGCAGGAGGCCUGUUGGUGCUGUUGCAUGCUGCAGAUGCAUUUGGGAAAUCGAUAUUUUUAGGUCAAAAGUCAGUUGUGAUACAAAGCAGUGAGUUAUUGUUUUAGUCUUUUGAUUAGGGGCAUUCAUGUGUGUAUAAUAACUGUUUGUGUGUGUGUGUGUGUGUGUGUGUGUGUGUGUGUGUGUGUGUGUGUGUGUGUGUGUGUGUGUGUUUGUGUGAUAGAGAGCGUGUGUGUGACCGAAGGCGAGAGUGUGUGCAUGUGUGUUAUGUUUUUUGGGGGGAAUAUGGAUUGUUUUUUAGUGGGGAUAUGGAUUGUUGGACAUUGAAUGUGAAAGCGAUUAUCUGUUGCUCAGAAUUACAAUAGAAUAGCACGUUUUUGGAGUGGACUAAUGAUAAAAAAGACAAGGGCAUAAUUUCGGGAUACAGUGUAAGAGACGAUAAUGAUUUGGAGCGUGCGUAAAAAAGCUUUCGGAUUUUGCUGCAGAAAGGGAGAAAGUGAUAAUCAGUAUGGGCUACCAUCAAUGUCAAGUUCAUAAUGUGGUAUUAGGCCUACCUCACGGCUUGGCAGUGCUGCAAUGGCGUUACUUGCUGUUGAUUUUAAUGUGUUUAAUUGUUUCUUAUUGAUCGCCCGGUGGUUUUGCUCUGCAGUGUCUCUCUCUCUCAUCUGCACCCCAAUUUUAUGGCCUUGAGGCUCCAUAAUAAUUAAUUCAAUUACAUACACCUGAAGUACAGUGCCUUUAAAUUUGAAGAUUUAUCCCGUGCCUUAAACACGCCUUUUCCGGUGUAAAAACGGGCGCUGCAUAUAAUCGGUGCAUUGUGUAAAGGCCUAACAGUUGAUAAUUCAUUAUUGAUUUAAUAUCUGGGAUCAGAUCUAAUAUCCCUAUUAAAUAGGCUGUAGGGAUGACGUUUUGGUGAAUUCGGGGUGUGUAUUUCGUGACAGAGUGACUGGUUUAUAUCUGAGCAGCACGAGCCCAAGCCUAUUAGGAAGGAAAGCAGAUUUAAGUGUUAUUCAAAGUCACUGCGCUGCAUCUGUUGGGUUUAGCUAUAAUAGCGGUUGAUUCCCUUUGAAUAGCCGGCGCGUUGUUCAGAGUUGCUAGUCAGAGUGCAAUGCAUAAGGUGAAUUAAAACACAAUUAACACCCUUAGCAAAGUGGGGCCGAGCAGCAGUUAAAAGCUCAAUAUUGUGGAGCUCCUCUCUAGAAUAGGCGAAGUGUAGAAAUGAGGCAUUCUGUUGUUUAUACUGAAGAGAUUAGAUAAACUAGCCUAGUUUGUUUCGUGGCAGAUGGUUGAUACUCAAGCCAAUUUCCAAUGUUCCCUCGCAAUGUUUAGACCUAAGCAAUUGUCAUCGGGUCCACUUGUGAUAAAUAUUAGUUUGAUAAUUAGCUAAUUAAAUAUGUCAAUAAAGAAAAAUCAGAACCAGCAAUAAACAAACUUGAAGGUGCAUGACAAGUCAUUUAUCUUGGGGUCGUUUACACUGACCACUUCAUUAGUUGUUUUAUUUAGGUUGGAGCGAUUUCUUUCUUUCUUGUGGCAGCAAUGAUAAUUUUACUACAGCUAAUUGUUGUGCUCAGCCUUACUAAAGCAGAAGGAGGUUGCUUAUGCGUUUCUAUACCUUGUUUACAUUGCGACUAUAGUGCUGAACUGUAGUGUGAAAAUAGGCUAAUAAUGUACAUGCUCUCAGAUGAUCUUUAUUCAAAUGUUUAAAAAAAGAUGUGCACUGUAGCGUACACUGACAGUGUUACAUUGUUAUAAACGUAAUGUGUACAGUGAUAGGCUGAUAAUAUAUUUAUUGUUGCAUUUAUAUGUAUCGAUUUUUUUUUAUACUUCUUGACAGUAGUGUCAAAUGCAGUGCAAAAUAUAAUUGCUGAUAUAAAAGUAAAAACAGUAUGGCUCAAACUAUGAAGAAUACAUGAUGCAUACAACAGAAGAGUGUAUAUUCUAGUGCCCUGUGCUUAACCAGGCCCUAAAACACUGUAGUUAAUGGCUAUGUCCCCCACAGUAUGCACACUCAUUUCCAUAUCAUAUUUCAGUAGUUUGAGUUGUAUAUGCCUCAAAUAUGAUGAGCAAUAAUAUGAAUGAACACAAUAUUGAAAUCUGCGUAUAGCAACACGUGUGUGUAGGCCUACUGUUGGGUUGCUGAGUUGCAGCUACACUUGUUUUGUUUUAUUUAUUUUAUUAUUAUUUAUUUUGCUUCUGUUUUAUUAUUCAUUUCUAUCCUCUCUUCUAGUUGGAGAGGGGAAGGCAAUUUGAUAGUUAGAUAUGCUAAUUUAUUUAUUUAGAAUCUCUCACGUCCAUUUUUCUUUGCUUUGAUAUGCAUUUUUAAUAUAUAGCCCAGGGCUACAUCUCAUUUGGUGAAAGUUGGGCUUGCUGGAGAUGAUAAGGCUCUUCACGGUGAAGGAGACAGCCCGUUGAGCUUGUUUUUCCCCCUCUACCCCUUUCCCCUCUCUCUCUAACAAGGUAUCAUGGUCUGACUUCAGUAUUCAACGUUUGUCCAGGGGAUAAACUUACAUUUUUGACAAUUAAGUUUAGGCAUUAAUUCCGACUGGUUAAGGUAAGGGUUAAGGUUUGGGAUAGGGUUAAGGUUAAGGUAAGAGUUAAGGUUUGGGAUUGAACCCGCGAUCCUCGGAGCCAGAGCACGCAAGCCCACUAGAUGGUAAUAGGUGCUCACGUUGCCCCUAGUGGACGGUAUUGAAGGCAUCUCCCGAUAUCCUGGGGACCUGGACAAACGUUGAAUACUGAAGUCGAUUUGAUGUGACCUGGCUGCUCUCCCUCUCUAUCCCCCUCAUUUCUCUACCUGACAGUAGACCCUAAUAAGUGCUGUGUUAUUUACACUUCAACACUGUAUUGUCAGAGCUGAUUGGAUUAUACCAUUGUCAGAUGGGGCCUUUAUGGCACUGUUGAUUUCUUCUGUUGGAUUUCUAUGACAAUCCCAACCCCCCCCCCCCCCCCCCCAAGCACCCAUCACUUGUAAAAUAAAAUAAAAAAUUAUCAUGUUUUGUUACACAUGGACAGUGAAAACAAGGGACUGUCUGGAUCUUAACAAACGAUCGGUGCUGUGGUGUCGUUCGUCAGUCGCUGUGCUCGCAUGUCUUUUAAUUAAUGAAAUUACAUUUCAGUCUUCUCUGUGCUACAUCCAAUUAAGGCGCCGAAUAGUCUACAAUUAAUGGUUGCUGAAUAUGAUCUGUUCUAAUGAAUUUGUUCUUUGUGCCUCCUCGUGUCUAUUGUACAGCCUUUUCCCACCAAACUGUACAUAUUAGCCAAGGUUUUAAUUCUCCUCCAACACAUGCUAUUGACAUCAUUUUUACGACGUGUGCAUAGUUUGUUAUGAAGAAAUAUUGUGAGAUUUGAGUUUCUGCCACUCUCAGUUUUUCUCUCAACGCUUGAGGGCUGUUGGUUGUAGUUCCCACAAAGGUUAUGUAGGUUAUCCUAGCUCUGCACGGCCAGAGAGAAAACACUAGUGUUUACAUUUCAUUCUCUGGUAAAGGCUUGGGCCGUAAAAACUCAUUUAUCAGAUGGAAUGACGAUGACAAGGAUUCAAACCUAUAAUAUGAUAUCUUGUACAAUGUACAAUUACUUUUAUUGUUAUCAUUGGACAUGUAAUAUAUGUCCUGUUUCUUUAUGUUCCUAUGCUUAGCACUACAUGCUCCUUGCUCCAUAAUCAUACAUUCUGCCUCACUGUGUUAGCCUACGUCUAGCCUCCGGGGCUUCCAGUGCUGUUGAACCAUGGAAUUUCUCCAUUUUGGAAGGUGUUCUAAUUUAAGUAGCACUAGCUCUCGCUGACCGAACUGUCUUUGUUUGGAUCCCCCAUCAAAAUAAUGUGUCAUUUAGUGGCCUGACUGCACUGUUCCAGACAAUUGUUUUGUGAUGGUAGGAUGUCUGGGCCUACAUUUCCUAUUUGAUUUGUAUUCAGAUGCAGGGGCCUGUUGGCAGGCAUGUCUAAUCACUAUGGGUAGUAGGGAGAGAGAGAGACUAACUUGUUGCAGUCCCCCACACACUCCCUACCCACCCGUCCCUCCCUCCUAGCUCCAUGCAAUGGACGCCGAUGCAACCUACAACUGAGCUAAAACAUGUUUCUGAAGCUGUAGUUCUAUGAUCGUAUUAAUAGGAAAGGUGUAAGAUUAUUUGCAUUUUACACCUAUUGCACCAUGCAUAUUCCAAAUAACUACUGCUCAGUGGUGUGUAUUCGCAAUACCUUUUCUUGUUGUUUCAUCAUUUGAAAUAUUUGAGUUGUACUCUAAGAUGUUGUCAUGUGUAGUGUAGAUGUAUUUUUGAAUAAAUCAGUUGUGAAACUGAUGAGUAAUGUUCUCAUGUUUGUAUGAGUCAAUGUCGUAAAUCACAUAGCGUUCAAUGGUGUGGAAUCACGUUUUUAUCUGUGCAUUCUGAUAGAAUGAUUGCACAUGUAAUGUGCCAUUCAGUGCAAUGAAUGAGACUUAUUUCGCCCAGAAGUAAAUUCCCCACCAUACACUCAGGCAGUCACCCAGGCCUGUCUCUUAAAACACGCAACAGUGAAUUAUUAGAUACUUAAUUAAUGUUUCCUUUUUAUUCUCUGAGGAUAAUUGUAGGUGUUGUGAAAUGCUCAGUUGUUUAGUAGAAGAGCACCUUCACGUUUUAACAUCUUUUUUUGGCUUGUCUCUAUAAUUACGUGUUAAAUUCGACCAAAAUGUGCGAGGACUUUAACUGCUUAUGAGGGGUGGUAAGAUGCGUCUUGAAAUGUCAGCCGGCUAUGAUUAAUGAUGCUGUAUGUUUCUAGUGUGUCAGCAAUAUGGGACAUGUUCAGUAGAGGAGCCUCCCAGGCCAAGCCGUUGCAGGCUGUGGUGUUAGAGUCUACACUGUACACCAGUGUAGUCCCCUGAAUCACUCUGCAUUCUACUCUUUUUCAGCCCCCCUCCCAACAAAAUUCAAUGACAGUGCUAAAUCAAUUUUAUUUGACAUUCCAAGGGAUGUACAAAAAAAAAAGCUGGUGAAAUUGCUGCGAUGGGCAUGGCAGGUGUGUGUGUGUAAAUGAGAAAUGGAAGACAACAGGAGUGGAGGAGUGAGUUGUUCUCCUGUGGCCUUGAUGCACUACAAGGCUCUCCUCCAUAUUGUCUCCUGCUUUUAUAUUAAUUACAACUUGCAUUAUCAGCUGUGAGACGCUAACCCCAGCAAAUAGAAAAGUCAGCUCCGGGAGACCAGGCUUGCCUUGUAUCUUAUUUUCCAUCUACUCUAUCUAUUGUGCUGCCUGUCUGCCUGUCUGUCUGCCUGUCUGCCUGUCUGCCUGUCUGCCUGUCUGUCUGUCUGUCUGUCUGUCUGUCUGUCUGUCUGUCUGUCUGUCUGUCUGUCUGUCUGUCUGUCUGUCUGUCUGCUGUCUGCCUGUCUGCCUGUCUGCUGUCUGCCUGUCUGCCUGCCUGCCUGUCUGCCUGUCUGUCUGCCUGUCUGCCUGCGCUGUGUGUUGUGUUGUGUUUGCUCGUUGCUGCUCUCGUCUCUCCUCCUGGUAACAGUGCUCUUCAACACAAUUAGAGAAGAGCAUGGAGUGAACCUUGUUUUAACUCGUAAUUAUGCCAAGCUACAGGGAGUAGUCACAUGACGUGGUGCUACGGGCUUUUCUUUUUUUUCAUCUUCUGUUUUUUUAUAGCGCUCUUGGUUUUUAGAUUGAUGAAGGAAGACCCUUUUCGGUGACGUAGGUUUUUUUCCUAGCUUGUUUGAAGUUUAUUGUACUCAAACACCCUUCAUAGCUCAGAAAGGUUAACCUUGUUGAGUGUGGAAAGUUAAUGCCGGUGUUGUGAUAUUUAUUGUUAUGUUGUGCGAGAGUGGUUAUUGAAGAGAGGUGAGCGACAGAUAUGCACACUGAGGCGUCUGUUUGACAAAAUGAAAACAUCAGCAUAUGUUUGGCCCUACAUAAUAAUCCUACUGUUGUUUGGUCUUUGCUUAUGUUACAGUGACCAACUGGGCUUAGUUUAGUCCAGGCCUAGAUCCCUGGCCAAGCUUCCAUUUACUGUAAUUCUGGCUAGUAAUUCACUACCAAAUAUCACUCCCUUUAACACCAUUAGCUAAGGUGUCUCUGAAUUUAAUUUAGUACCAGAGCCAUUAAAAAUGACACAUUACUGUGCAAUGAUAGCUAAAUGAAGUCCUAUCGAUUCAGCCGUUGCAUUAAAUCCAUGUGGUGCCCUGGCCUAGCUGGCCAUCAGAUCAGAAGCUGUCCUGGCUGGCUGCAGUGUUGUGGAUGUGAUGAGAGAAAGAGAAAGAAAGAGAGAGAGCGAGCGAGAGAGACAGAGAGAGAGAGUUAGUUAGUUAGUUAGUUAGUUAGUUAGUGUACUGUACUGUAUUGUAGCUUUCUAGGCCAGUCUGGCCGGCAAUGGGUGUUUCAGUGUCAGGAAAUGGAACCCAGUCAUUUUCUUUCCUUAGAACAGCAAGAGCCCAUUCGGAGUCAAUGGAGCCUGGCUCUGGCUAAAUAUAUCAUACACUGCCUGGGAUUCUUGACACCUUUUUCCCUCUCUCUCUCAUUCAAUUUCUCUCUCUCUCUCUCUCUCUCUCUCUCUCUCUCUCUCUCUCUCUCUCUCUCGCUCUCGCUCUCGCUCUCGCUCUCUCUCUCUCUCUCUCUCUCUCUCUCUCUCUCUUUCUCUUUCUCUUUCUCUUUCUCUUUCUCUUUCUCUCUCACUCUCGCAAUCGCUCUACCCUUCAUUUUUUAUGACAUUCGCUUGUGAGACUUAAACGAAGAGUUAUGAGAUGGCUAACAUUAGUGAUGUUACUCUCUAUGUAAAAAAUAUACAGAUAAUUGUAAACGAAGGCUCUUGGACGCAUCAAAGCCCAUCUCAGCCCAUGUGUAUCUGAUCAAUAGCCCAGGUAAGCAGCACAUCCCAAUCAUCCAUCCCCUCUUAAUUAAGUAGGGACGUUUUUCUUUUCCACACCCUUGUUCAGAAGGGCUAAAACCCACGCGGGGGCUAUCGUUCGGCCUGCCUUAUUACUCCCACCUCCUCUCCUCUUCUGGGUAAUUCUCCCAGCUCUUUAUCUGAUUGCCAUCCGGUGAACAGCUGACACAGAGAGGGGUUGGAGUGGAGCGCUGUGGCUGAAGGGCCUGUGUCUGUCUGCUGUUUUCCGCUUCGCUCUAAGCUGUUUGAGAACACAGCCUUCCUCCCUGAAAACGUACCAGAUAAAAGGAGGGCUGCUGAGAUGAGCUGCUCAUAGGCACAGCUGGAGCAGCAGCACAUAAGGAUCAGGCACCCAAGGGAACCAGCGAGCCAGUCAGCUAACCGCUCUGUGCUGCUGUCUCAUAGCCUCUCCCCGUGAACUCCUCUCCAGGCCCUCUCCUGUCUGUCCUCCCCCAGAACAGCUCACUCAAACUGGGACAGCCUCACGAGCAGGCGAAAGUUCAGCAGGAACGCUACUGAGCUGAGGCAGAAUGGUAAAAAACGGGCUCUUUUGAAAUAUUUCUGUGCCGUGUAUCCCCCCCCCCCUUUUCAUAUAUGUAUGUGUGUUUGUGUGUUUGAGACUGAAAAAAAGCAAGCGGGGAGAAGUGGGCUGAGGUUUGUGGGAAGCCUUGGUGCAGGCCUGUGUUUGUUUGGCUUGGGCUCCUUUCAAGGGGCCGCUUUUCCAGGCCCCCAGACAACAUUGGGCCAAUAUUCGCCAACAUUUUGUCAUCGUGUUCAGGUGACAAAUUAAAUUGGAAUAGGCUAGCCUGUGUAUUUGUGUGUGUGUGUGUGUGACUCAUGCGUCUGUUUGUGCUGUGUGUGUACAGGGGUGUCUCACAGUCUGUCUCUCUGUGGUGUGAAUGGCAGAGGAAAUUCCCCCUUUAGCCUGCCUUCGUGUGGCACUGUUAAAGCCUUUCCUGUACAGUACUGUAGAAUUCCUGUUUCCCGGUUCAGACCUGCAGGGACCUGGGAAUGACCAGGAAAGAGAGGAGGAGAGAAAAGAAGGAGCGAGAGGAAGGAGAGAGAGGAGGAGAGAGAGGAAGGAGAGAGAGGAAGGAGAGAGAGGAAAGAGAGAGAGGAAGGAGAGAAAAGAAGGAGCGAGAGGAAGGAGAGAGAGGAAGGAGAGAGAGGAAGGAGAGAGGAAGGAGAGAGAGGAAAGAGAGAGCGGAAGGAGAGAAAAGAAGGAGCGAGAGAAGGAUAGAGGGGAAGGAGAGAGAAGGAGAGAUAGGAAAGAGGAGAGGAAAGAGAGAAAAGAGACGAGAGGAAGGAGCUUCUCCUCCUUCUUCGUUAUAUUCCUCUCUUAUCCAGAGAGAGGAAAGAGAGAACAAAGAAGGAGAGAGAGGAAGGAGAGAGAGGAAGGAGAAACUCUACUUAUGAGCUCUACAUUUUUUUGUAAAAACUAUUACUGCACCACUAUUUGAGCCAGUUUGCUCUGUAGGAGUGCUCUGUACUUUCUCUAAAUGUGUGUGUGUUAAUGUGCGGGUGUGUAUGUCUCUCUCUGUGUGUAGGGGCGUGUGUGUGCAUUUUUGGCAGAUUAGAGGGAGAAUCACUGUCAUAUCUUAUUUUCAUUUCUGACAGUGCUAAUGAUGAAUAGCUCUUGUGGUGUAUUUAGACUUCUUACCUCGAUAUUUCUCACUAGACACGGAAGUCUCAAUUGGUUACGGUAUAAACGAACUCAACAGGGCCUGGCCAUAUGUGUUUAGACAAUUCUUCAGCGAGCGCCCUGCCUGCAACGUUCAAAAUCAGACGGCACAUUAACCGUCGUCGCUGUGUUGUGCGCUCUUAUGUAUUAAUGAAACUGUUUGAUUGCAGAGUUUAGACUUUAGUGCUUGACGGUUUAAUGCGCUAGGCUUUUUUCUUUUGGCCUUUGAUUGUAGUGGCAUUGUUGAUUGUGUGCUAGGGGCAAAAUGAGUGGAACUCUUUGCUUGCCCAGGAAAUGUAAGCAGUCCAAGAGAUCCUCACUGCACUGUAGACUCUUACAGAUGUCACUCUCACGUUUCCAACAUACUCAUGUGAUCUCCCUCUCUCUCUUUCUCUCUCUCUCUUUUUCCCUUUCUCUCCACGCUCUCCGCUCCUGGUUUGCGGUUUGGAUGGGGAAUGCGGACGGAUGGAUCCUUCUCUCUUUCUCUCUCUCUUUUUGUAAAACCCAUGCAGAACCCAGCUUCCUGGAGAGACCACGAUGACGCCACCUCCACACACUCGGCCGGCACGCCAGGGCCCUCCAGCGGGGGCCACGCUUCACAGAGCGGCGACAACAGCAGCGAACUAGGUGAGCCAGCACACCCCCCCCCCCCCCCCCCCCCCCCACACACACACACACAUAGAGGCAUGCACAUGCACACACACUCAUACAAGCACACAUGCAACAUAAUAUUUUAAACACUUGCCAACACACUACUUUUGGAGACGAUCGAAUUUACACUUACUGCUCAUUAGAAAUAGUGUCAAAGUGUCAGUAUUCUCUCACUUGCACACACACACACACACACACACACACACACACACACACACACACACACACACACACACACACACACACACACACACACACACACACACACACACGUUAUACACAGAGCAGCUUACUAACUGCUGUAGCUAUUUAGAGGUAGAGUUGAACAGAGUGCUAAGAAAAGCUGGUGAUUAAUAGGAUAUUUCUGCCAGUUCUCACUAGCAUUUAAAACAUAUUAACUUUGCUAGCUCUACAAGCCCAUUUACAGCUCAGAACAGCUUGUGCUUUUUAUAGUCUGGACUGCCAGCCAGCCUAUCAUAAUGCAUUCUUUUAACUACACUCUAUUACAGUUAUAAUGCAAGUCAUGUCUGUGAGUCUGCAUUUUGGAUAGUUAAACUGUUUAGUUUUUCUUCUAUUCACAUUUGUUGAAGUAUUGAAACGAAGACAUCAACACAAGGCAUCAACACCAAAACAGAACAAACUUAAGUGAUCCAACUCUGUUAUCUUACUAGUGUCUUUGCUAAGACAACAGUGUUGAUUAGUCCACUAGCCUUUCCUUUCUUGUACUGCCCUUGUUUUCAGUGUUCUCUGUUGCAGUCAGAUCUCCUUUCACUGGCGGCAGUGUGUGUGUGUAUGUGUGCACGAGUGUGUGUUAUUGUUUGUGUCCGUUUCUGUCCGGGGUUUCCAUAGAAUUUCAUCACACCACACACACACUCUUCUCUCGCUCACAGUAUGUCUCCACAAGAGGCCAGACACUUGUCAUGUCCAAUCACGGCUAUCGUUUUGCCGAUAGGCAAUCAAAUGUAUCGAUGGUGUGUAUAUGUGUGUGUGUGUGUUCUGUGGUUGUGCUGGUUUAAUCAUAGAGUCUCUCUGAGUCUGUGGGCCUGUUGGAGUGACUGUGCUGCUGAACCAUUACUGACCACAGAGACACUCCUAGAGGUGAUCUGUGGUGGUCCCGUGUCAGGACUAGUUGCAUUACAGGCAGCUGUCUGGCUGAGCGGAAGGGGCUUGGCGGUGACAGUAACUCCGGCUCACGAGGUGCACUGCGAAUUAGCAAGGUGGAAAGUAGCUCUAAGAUUUAGCUCAAAGAUUUAACCCACAUUUAGCCCAUUUCUAGAAGCAAGUGUAGGUGCAUCUGUCAAAGGGAUUUUCGGUUAUAUUCAGGUUUAUUUUAUAUUCAUUGUUUGUCAUUCCUGCAAAGCUAGUAGUAGGAGAGACUAAGCGAUGCAGAAUAGAGGUUUGCACAAAGGGGAGAGGGAGGGAGCAAAGAGAGUAGAGAGAGUAGAGAGAGCAGAGAGAGCAACGAGAGUAGAGAGAGUAGAGAGAGCAGAGAGAGUAGAGAGAGUAGAGAGAGCAGAGAGAGCAGAGAGAGUAGAGAGAGAGAGCAGAGAGAGCAGAGAGAGCAGAGAGAGUAGAGAGAGUAGAGAGAAGAGAGUAGAGAGAGCAGAGAGAGCAGAGAGAGUAGAGAGAGCAGAGAGAGCAGAGAGAGUAGAGAGAACAGGGGAGUAGAAAAAUGCACUGCCUAUUGAUUAUUUUACACACAUAAGUACAAGUGACCUGUAAUCCACAGAGCACUUAUCGACUGCUCUCUCCACCGGAUCCAGUAACAGCUGAUCAAUAUAGCCCAAGACAGUUACCGUACGACGCUGAGCACUAUGCCAAGUAGGACCCAGACCAGACCUGGGCCUCCCUGACCCAGACCAAAAUAGCCUAAAUACUGUACACAGCUCCUGCUCACACCCCUGGGUGAAAAAGCCCCUCAGACACACGGAAAAGAUGGAGGAGAGAGAGAAAAAGAGAGUCGACAAGACGAGGAGAUGUAA